CGAAAAUCUGCGACGAUGGACCGAAGCAGCGUCGGAAGAACCUCGUCAUGAGCCCGCACCGCUCUCUGUCACGAGAAGUUGCCUUCGAAUCGAGCUGCAAUCAACUUGCAAGGACGCUUGCAAGUGCAACAGUAAAGGGCAAGCAUUCAUAAUGCCGUUGAAAGCUUCAAGCGCUCGACUAUCGUAUUCAGCUCGAUCGUAGCCCUUACGACCACCACACACGCAGUGGAGUCAGUGUGGCGCACUGAACCGGAUCCGACUGAGCUUCAUGGCCAGCUCUGGUUUUCCCGUGGCAUUGUCGACUACGAGCGCCACCAUCUUGACGCAGCGCAGCACCCAUGGGCACCCUCACAGCAAACUUCCAUCCCUCCCCGAGCGUGUGCUAACAGCAGCAGACUCAACCGCACCCCAAAGCGCGUUCAAGCCGGGAUGCCCCCAUUAUUGGCCGCGCAUAAAACGUCCACUAAAAUCUUGGUUCGGUUUUUCACAGCGCCAGGCCAGGGCAGGGCUCUGCAUUCCUUCCCCAUUUGCGCUUUCGCCUGCUCAGGUCGUCGGCCACUAUUGAGCCGCCAGGGGAUAAAAUAGCACACACGCGGGAGGAAUAUCGCUCCGAAGAAGGCAAAACGCACCUACCUAAACGAAACUUUUAACCACUCUGUCAUAACCACAUACAAAAAUUCCUAAUAUUGAGACGACAUGGCGCUGCUCAAGAACAAGUACAUGCCUCUGAGCGAGGCCGACGUGUCGCCCGAGCGCGUCGCGAGCUACGACGGCCAGCACAUCACACUGUCGUCGUCUCCGAGCGCGGCCGCCUUCGUAAUGGGCAACUACCUGGGCGGAGGCAUCGCUGGCGUCGUGUAUGAGGCGUUUGACCAGCGCAUGAAGCGACCGGUCGCCGUCAAGAUCCUCAACCCGGUGGGCUACAAACUCACGAGUCCUGGCGCUCUCAGACGUGCCGAGAUCGUCAAGAAAGGAGUGCCGAUAGUGGGCAACGUGCGCGGUAUGACGCUGGACAAUGUGUACUGGGUGCAUCUCCCCAGACGACGGGAGUUGCUGGCCUGUUACGUGACCGGAGGCGGCUCUGCUCCUCCUGUGCUGAGAGAACUCACACUGGAGAUGUGUGUGAGUCUGUGGCUAUUGGACCACCACGACGAGGAACUACGCGACCAGCCGCAGACUCAGCGAAGGAGACGACCCAGAAGUGCAGACCGGAUGGCAGCCAGUUUGUCCUGCGAGGACCCAGUACAGGAGCCUUCGAGAGCGAAUCUAGCGACUGCGUCGGCGGCCUCUGCGGCUUCUGCGGCCAUGCAGUUGGAGCAGGUUGAAGAAGAAGAGGAGGCCAGAGAGGACGGGGAGGAGGUCGUUGUAGUCAACGACGUGGCUUACGUCAUCCCAAACUUACCGGCCAAGUACCGUGCGUUCCUGCAGGCCAGAAAGACCAUCUACCGCGAGAUCGCGCACAUGCACAAGCUCACAGGCAACAGCGUAAGUGGCGAGCGGAUCGGUAGCGGCCAUGAAAAUGUUCUUCAACUGUAUGAUGUUCUAGAACUCGUACAACCGUCCAAGUCGACGAUCUUUUUAGUACUGGAGCUCGCAUAUGGAGGCGAGCUGUUCGACCGUAUUCGCGGAGACUCUGGCGUAGAGGAAGACGUGGCCAGGACGUACUUUACGCAGCUACUGGCGGGCGUCCGCUACUGCCACCAAUUGGGUAUUGUACAUCGCGACCUCAAGCCUGAAAAUCUGCUCUUAAGCGACUCAGAUGUGCUCAAAAUCGCGGAUUUUGGGCUCUCAGCGCACUUUAUCGCCGCUGUAAGCAGUGGAGCCAGUGCCGACGACCACGACAAUAACGGCGAGAGCGGCAUCACGAACCUCAUGGCGCCCUCGCGCUUUCGACGACUCAACUCGAUCGUCGGAUCUCCCCACUAUGUGGCGCCGGAGGUCCUACAGAACGCUCGCUAUGGAUAUGACGGCCGUAAAGCAGACAUGUGGAGCAGUGGCGUCAUCCUGUAUGGACUGCUGGUGGGCACACUGCCCUUCGGACGAGAUCUAGCGACAUGUCCGAGAUAUCUCAAGUUCGGCGAGUGGCUGCGGUCUCUGCCGUGUGAUCCGCACACUGGUAAGCUCGUAUUUGAUGCUAAUUUGUUCCAGACUGGCAGCUCCAGUGGCUCAAUGCAGCAGCCAGAGAUGUCACCUACACAUCCGAGCUUCCACGCGACGGCGCCGAUGCUGGGACUUAUGCUGAACAGCUCCAAUACGCUGUGGAGUCAGAAUCAGGCGGCUGGAUCCUGUUCUCCGUCUGCUCGUGGCAACAGUCCGUUCUCGUCCGACGCGAAUUUGCUCAAGUCUGGAGCUGCAGGCGCGGGCGGCGUCCAGCCACGUCGAUGCGUGGCGUUUCCGACUUGGUUCUUCCCGUCCACAUUAUCUCCGCCGGCUGUGUUCCUGCUGACAUCUCUGCUACACCCCGACCCGAGCAAGCGGAUCUCGUGCGAAGAGGCCUGCAAAUCGAGCUGGGUGCUCGAUGCGUAGGCAAAACUGCCCACACAUUUGUAUUCACCGACAACGACAACGACAACAAGAAGUACUCUAGAUGCGUAUCUACUCAAGCAACCGUACCAAAUAAUAUGUAUUUGAAUAUUCUCACGUCUCCAAGCGUGUAGCUUCACAGUCAUCGCCUCAACUCAAUACUUUACAUGAAUCUUGAUGAUGUCCAC